UGUGUGUGCCAUCGCGCUGACUUGGUUGGCAGGUGUAAACAACAUGGCGGCUCCAGUGAAAUCUGCUCAUCCGCGCUGGUUGCUCGAUUGUAAAAGUGAAAUUGUACAGACAGAUGAGUGGAAGGUCUUGACCGAGGAGCUGAACCAAGCCAUUCAACAGCAACUGACUGAGAGCCACGUGUCAAAGUUCACUGACCUAUCCGACCCAGAAAAACAGUUGUUUCUGGAAAGGGCUGCCAAGGCAAUAAAAGAAGGCGAUGUUUUUCAAAACUUUAAUCUGGCGGCAUCCGAUGCGCUUGACAAGCAUCUCAGUAACCAUGCCAACCAGCGGUUGCUAACGACAUCGCCCCUGGAGACCAAGUCCGAGCUGGUAUUGGACCAGGCUCGUGAGGGCGCUCUUGGGCUGCUUAAGAGCUGGCCUGGGAACAAGGCCAAGCUACGUCGGUUUUUCAACCAGGCGUUGCCGGACCGACUGAGGCAGAUCGCAUGGCGACUCUACCUCAGGAGCCCCAAGGUGAGGUCAUUAUAUCUGGAGCAACUCAAGGCUGACCCUAGCAGCGUGAUGUCCAUACUUGACCUGGAGGUCAUCCAGACCAGCGAAGCUCUCCUGAUGAGAGAGCCCACUUUUCAGGAGCUCUCAAACAACACAGAUAUUCUGCAUGCAAUGAAGGCCAUACUAUCCUACCACCACGUCUGCAAGAAGACUAAGACUAGCCUGAUCGACACCGACUACAUGUUGGUCAUUCCUUUCCUGGUCAACUUGUUAUCAACUACACGGCCAGAACAACUCGUGCUGGAGAGCACCCUGGCGCUACUGAUCGAGCAGUACGCUACGUUCAUGUCCAGCAGGCCAAUCUACAUGAGGGAGUCCUACGUGGAGGAUUUUCAGGAGAGCAUGGAGUCAUUUGCAAACAGGAUUGCGGGGAUGCUGCAAGAAAAAGAUGAGGCGCUUACGCAACACUUGCAACGAGUAUUCAGUGGUCACUUUGCGUGGUCAUCUGCAGUUGUUCAAGGCAUCAAGCCUCUAAUCAGGCCAAUGGUUAGAUGUCUUUUUGUUGGCUACCUAAGUCUGGACGCCGUCAUGUACGUAUGGGAUCAGUACAUCAUCGGCUUGGAUGCACCAGACUAUGACAUCAUACCUAGCAUGGCAGUCAGUGUCUUGAUUUUGCUGAGGAAGUACCUCCUGCAAUGUGAUAGUUUGCCCGAGAUGGAACACACUCUUAAGAAAAAUGCUGUGAAAUUGACUAAAGAUGAACUUAUGUAUGAGAUCAGCUAUCAUUUCUACCAGGUUCUACAUAUUCAGCUAAACAGCGGGCGAGGUGCGAUGCCAGUACUGGACCCUACCCAAGUCGCCAUGCCCUGGGAACAUUGGCACCAUGAGAUGCUGCCACAGCGAACGACAGCCCAAGACAGAAGACAAGACAGAAACUACAGAGAAGACCAGAGACAGAGGGAUAGAGAUGUUGAGAGGGAUGAGGCGAGGAAGAUGAGAUGGCAGGAAGAGGAAGACAGAAUGAAGCAAAGAGAACGCUUGGAGAAGAAUGCCAGAGAUGAACAGCAAAGACUCAAAGAUCUCCUUGAGCAGGAAAGACAAAGCAAAGCAAAGGCCGAGAAGAAAGCCGAGGCUGAAAUUGAUCAGCUGAAGCAAGAAAUUGAAAGACUGAAGCAGGGCAAGCCAGCAGCUUCGCUCAAGCCAGAUGCAGCCUCGCUUCUUGCUGGAUCUCACUGGGGACGUGUAAAGCCCAGCACAGCACAAGCCGGUGAUAAUCUCCCUCCCCGACAGUUGGAAGACCCCCUUGCAGCCAAUGCUGUCAUGACUGACGUUCUGAAAGACUUUAUGGAUGGCGCAAGGAAACUACAAGGCCAUGGUCCUGCAGAAAAAGCGGGUACGAGCUCAAAGUGAACAUGCAGCCGUCAACGAUGCCAAGUACCAGACAUGGUGUGCCAUUCACAGCAUUGAAAAUCAGCCAGUGUGGGGAGUUAUUGGCACCUGGCUCAUUUCUUGCCGCAAUCCUGGAUUUCAAA